UUAGAUAUUCCGCAGCAUCGAUCCAACAUCAGAGGACAAGAGAAGUAAUUUCAGUGUUCUAGAAGUCGCAGUGGCUUUACAGUGAAGUCAAACCCCUGAACACAAGAGAAGUCAGUUCAGAGGCCAAUUCUUGUUGGGAAUCUGACAAAAUUUUUACAAUGGAGGCAAAGCUCAUCAGACAUCAGAAGGUUCACAAUGCAGAGAAGCCAUAUCAGUGUUCUGAAUGUGAUAAAGCUUUUAUAUGGAAGUCACAACUUAUUUCACACGAGAGGGUUCACACCGGAGAGAAGCCGUAUCAGUGUUCUGAAUGUAACAAAGCUUUUAAAACAAAAGCACAUCUUAAUGUACACCAGAAGACUCACACUGGAGAGAGGCCGUAUCAGUGUUCUGAAUGUAACAAAUGUUUUGUAUUGAAAACACAACUUAUGAGACAUCAGAGGCUUCAUAGUGGAGAUAAGCCAUAUGAAUGUUCUGAAUGUGGCAAAACGUUUAGAGAGAAGCCAAUACUAAACGCACACCAGAGGAUUCACACUGGAGAGAAGCCAUAUCAGUGUUCUGAAUGUGGCAAAGCUUUUCAAAGAAAAACACAUCUUAAUGGACACCAGAGGAUUCACACUGGAGAGAAGCCAUAUGAAUGUUCUGAAUGUGGAAAAACAUUUAGAGAGAAGACCGUACUAAUCAGACACCAGAGGAUUCACACUGAAGAGAAGCCAUAUCAGUGUUCUCAAUGUGACAAAGCUUUUAAAACAAAAGCACAGCUUAUUGCACACCAGAGGAUUCACACUGGAGAGAAGCCAUAUCAGUGUUCUGAAUGUGAUAAAGCUUUUAAAACAAAAGCACAUCUUAUUGUACACCAGAGGAUUCACACUGGAGGGAAGCCCUAUCAGUGUUCUGAAUGUGGGAAAGCGUUUAGAGAGAAGACAUUUCUAAUCACACACCAGAGGAUUCACACUGGAGAGAAGCCAUAUCAGUGUUCUGAAUGUGACAAAUCUUUUAUAUGGAAGUCACAUCUUAUUUCACACGAGAGGAUUCACACUGGAGAGAGGCCAUAUCAGUGUUCUGAAUGUGAUAAAGCUUUCACAACAAAAGCACAGCUUAAUAGACACCAGAAGGUUCACACUGGAGAGAGGCCGUAUCAGUGUUCUGAAUGUGACAAUGCUUUCACAACAAAAGCACAUCUUAAUGUACACCAGAGGAUUCACACUGGAGAGAGGCCAUAUAAAUGUUCUGAAUGUGGCAAAUCUUUUAGAGAGAAGAUAGUACUAAUCACACACCAGUGGAUUCACACUGGAGAGAAGCCAUAUCAGUGUUCUCAAUGUGACAAAUGUUUUUUAGGGAAUACAAAACUUAUGAGACACCAGAGGGUUCACACUGGAGAGAAGUCAUAUCAGUGUUCUGAAUGUGACAAAGCUUUCACAACAAAAGCACAGCUUAAUAGACACCAGAAGGUUCACACUGGAGAGAGGCCAUAUCAGUGUUCUGAAUGUGACAAAGCUUUCACAACAAAAGCACAGCUUAAUAGACACCAGAAGGUUCACACUGGAGAGAGGCCAUAUCAGUGUUCUGAAUGUGACAAAGCUUUCACAACAAAAGCAAAUCUUGAUGUACACCAGAGGAUUCACACUGGAGAGAAGCCAUAUGAAUGUUCUGAAUGUGGCAAAGCUUUUAGAGAGAAGACACAACUAAUCACACACCAGUGGAUUCACACUGGAGAGAGGCCAUAUGAAUGUUCUGAAUGUGGCAAAGCUUUUCAAACAAAAACAUGUCUUAAUGGACACCAGAGGAUUCACACUGGAGAGAGGCCAUAUACAUGUUCUGAAUGUGGCAAAUCUUUUAGAGAGAAGACAUUACUAAUCACACACCAGAGGAUUCACACUGGAGAGAAGCCAUAUCAGUGUUCUGAAUGUGACAAAUGUUUUUUAGGGAAUACAAAACUUAUGAGACACCAGAGGGUUCACACUGGAGAGAAGCCAUAUCAGUGUUCUGAAUGUGACAAAUGUUUUUUAGGGAAUACAAAACUUAUGAGACACCAGAGGGUUCACACUGGAGAGAAGCCAUAUCAGUGUUCUGAAUGUGACAAAUGUUUUUUAGGGAAUACAAAACUUAUGAGACACCAGAGGGUUCACACUGGAGAGAAGCCAUAUCAGUGUUCUGAAUGUGACAAAUGUUUUUUAGGGAAUACAAAACUUAUGAGACACCAGAGGGUUCACACUGGAGAGAAGCCAUAUCAGUGUUCUGAAUGUGACAAAUGUUUUUUAGGGAAUACAAAACUUAUGAGACACCAGAGGGUUCACACUGGAGAGAAGCCAUAUCAGUGUUCUGAAUGUGACAAAUGUUUUUUAGGGAAUACAAAACUUAUGAGACACCAGAGGGUUCACACUGGAGAGAAGCCAUAUCAGUGUUCUGAAUGUGACAAAUGUUUUUUAGGGAAUACAAAACUUAUGAGACACCAGAGGGUUCACACUGGAGAGAAGCCAUAUCAGUGUUCUGAAUGUGACAAAUGUUUUUCAUGGAAUACACAACUUAUUGUACACCAGAGGAAUCACAGUGGAGAGAAGUCAUAUUAGUGUUCUGAAUGUAACAAAGCUUUUAGAUUGAAGUUACAACUAAGCAGACGGUUCCCACUGGAGAGAAGCCAUUUCAAUGUUCUGAUUUUUGACAAAGCUUUUAAAAUGAGCUCAAAGCUUAUCA